GGCUGUUAGACUUUCUUGAAGCUUUUAUAUAAAGCAUUAAGUAUUUUUAAUGCAUUAACUUUGCCUUGUAAUGCAACUUAUUGCAUGCAUUAUAUAAUCUCACAAGUAAUUUUCAUAAUACAUUAUAAUACUUAUCUAUAGUUUUACACCUUUCAAAAGUAGAAAGUAUACUUAGAACUUAUAUUGUAUUAAAACAUUAUAAGCAGCCAAUUUUAGAAUUUAACAAAUAAUCUAUAUUAUAAUGCAUUGUAAUGUUGGUUACAUUUAUUUAUGAAAACAUAUAAUGCAUUCCAGUGUACAUUAUGAAUACCUUUAUAAUUAAUUACAAAGAUUCCCUUUGUGACGUUGAAUCAGCUAAUUCUCAGACAAAAACGUCUUAAAAUACAGUCCAUAAUUAAUUCAUUCAUUAUUGUGUUUACAUUACAUUGUCCCACUUCACAUGUCUGUGUUUUAAAAAUCGACCCAGGAGCAUCCAGAAUGUUUUAUUUAUUUUUUAUUAUUAUUAUUAUUUUUAUUUUAUUUUUUUAUGACGUCUUUAUAACAGUGUUUCUACUACUCUUAUUGUAGCAAUUUGUUGUUUAUUUUGUAGUUUUUGAUACAUUAAUAGAAUGAGGUUAUGUGGUUUUGCCUGCUUCCGGUGUCUUUACUGGUAUCCUGAGGGGGAAAACAGCUUUCCUUGACAUUUGUUUUUGUAUCUGUUUUGAUGUAUAAUUGUAAUGAGACAUUCAAACUCAAAGGGUCGCUAUUGACCAAGAAUGCAGUAUCUUGUAUGGCUGCCCUCCCUCUGUCAUAAUACUUUAAACAUCACGACACGCCUUAUUCAAACGCAUCAUUGUAUAGGUUUGUGUGCUGAUGUAAACAUCACAGUGGACUGUGGAGUCUGAAUUUACUUAACUGACACUAACAAACGGCAAAUAUGUUCGGAUUCUUUUCUUGGUCGACUUGCAUCGCGUUUAUUUUACUGUUCAUGCGGGAAAGCAAUGGGGAUUUGAGCUACUCCGUACCAGAGGAGAUGAAACAAGGAUCAGUAAUCGGAAAUAUUGCGAAGGAUCUCGGUCUUAAAACGGAUGGGCUAUUGUCAAGAAAAGCUCGGUUAGACACGGAAGAAUACGGAAAUCGCUUUUGUGAAAUUAACCUGCAAAAAGGGCAGUUUAUUGUGGCGGAUAGGAUCGACCGAGAGGAACUGUGCGGAUCAAAAGCAUCCUGUGUCUUAAAAUACGACCUGGUUCUAGAAAACCCGCUAGAGCUGCAUCGCAUUUCAGUGAAAAUAGAAGAUAUAAAUGACAACUCACCACGAUUUCCCAAUGAGCUAAUCAAACUUGAAAUUGGCGAAUCUGUAGGCACAGGAACACGUUUCCCCUUAGAGGAAGCGCAUGAUGCGGAUGACGGCCAAAACGGUAUUCAGAAUUAUUUACUUGAGAAAAACGAACACUUUUCUUUAUCAGUUCACUCGAAUGCCGAAGGAGGGAAAUACUGCGAGCUAGUACUGCAAAAAGAACUAGAUCGCGAACAAAAGAAGGAUAUGGAUUUGGUUCUUACUGCAAUCGAUGGUGGAACUCCGGUGAAAUCUGGCACUGCUGUAAUUCAUGUCAUUGUCCUGGAUGCGAAUGACAAUGUACCGGUAUUUACUCAGCCUGUUUAUACAGCCAGCAUUUUAGAAAACUCGCCUUUAGAUACUAUGGUAGUCAAAGUAAGCGCUGUGGAUGCUGAUGAAGGAGUGAAUGGGGAUGUAAUGUACGAGUUCAGCCGAAUUUCAGACAAAGCUACCAAGCUUUUUUCUAUAGAUAAGAUAAGUGGAGAAAUUAAAGUGAUUGGUCCAAUAGAUUUUGAAGACAAAAAUAAUUAUGAGAUACCUAUACAGGCCAAGGAUGGUUCUGGCUUGGCCUCUAAUGCAAAAGUUGAAAUAAAUAUAAUUGAUCUUAAUGACAACACUCCUGUUAUAGAUUUAAAAUCUAAUGAGAAUCAAAUCCCAGAGAAUGUGGAGCCUGGCACUGAAGUGGCUAUUAUUAAUGUUCAGGAUAAAGACACAGGGGAUAACAAAAAGGUUUUCUGUACUAUUCAAGAAAAUGUUCCCUUUAAGCUAAAUCCAUCUAUUAAAAAUUAUUACUCAAUUGUCACUACAGGUCCCCUGGAUCGCGAACUUAUUAGCCAUUAUAACAUAACUUUAACAGCUACUGAUGGGGGAACUCCACCGUUAUCAUCCUCCAAAAUAAUUUACUUAUCAGUUUCUGAUAUCAAUGACAACUCCCCUGUAUUUGAGCAGCAGUCCUACAGCGCUUAUAUAAGUGAAAAUAACAAACCAGGCACUUCUGUUUGUUCUGUCAGUGCAAAUGACCCAGACUGGAGACAGAACGGGACAGUACUGUACUCUCUGGUACCCAGUGAAGUCAAUGGAAUCCCAGUGUCCUCAUUUCUAUCUAUUAAUGGAGAUACAGGGGUGAUUCAUGCUGUAAGAUCAUUUGAUUAUGAGCAGUUCAGAAACUUCACCAUUAAAGUUGUUGCCAGAGACAAUGGAUCUCCACCACUCAGUAGUAACGUGACUGUGAAAGUCUUCAUAACAGAUGAGAAUGAUAACUCUCCACAGAUAUUAUACCCUGUUCCUGAUGGAAAGUCUUUAAUGACUGAAAUGGUCCCUAAAGCGACUCUCUCAGGCUCUCUGGUGUCCAAGGUGAUCGCUGUAGAUGCUGACUCUGGACAGAAUGCAUGGCUGUCCUAUCAGAUUGUCAAAUCUACUGAUCCGGGACUUUUCUCCAUUGGUCUCCAUAGUGGAGAGAUUAAAACACAACGAGAUAUUUCUGAAUCUGACAAUAUGAAGCAGAACCUUGUUAUUUCAGUGAAGGAUAACGGACAGCCCUCUCUUUCUACAACCUGUGCUGUGAAUUUACUCAUUUCUGACAACCUUUCUGAAGUUCCUGAACUUAAAGAUAUGACUUAUGAGGACAACAACUCUAAAUUAACAUCAUAUUUGAUCAUUGCAUUAGUCUGUGUGUCCACCUUCUUCCUGACGUUCAUCAUACUGAUCGUAGCAGUGAAGUUUUGUCACAGGAGAAAGCCCAGACUGUUGUUUGAUGGAGCAGUUGCUGUUCCCAGCGCCUAUCUCCCUCCCAACUAUGCAGAGGUGGAUGGAGCAGGAACUCUCCGCAGCUCUUAUAACUAUGACACGUAUCUAACCACAGGCUCUCGCACCAGUGACUUUAAGUUUAUCACGUCUUACAAUGAAAACACAAUUCCUUUUGCUCAAACUUUGUGUCGUGAUGAAAAAACAACAAACACAUUUAGUGACACCAGUGGCGAAGGACUCAGCUACCCCACUCUGGUAAAUUAAUACUUUGAUUAGUAUUGGCUUCACUUUGUGUAUUUGUUUGUGUGAUUCUGUGCUGAUUCUUAUAUUCUGUAAAAGAAAGAAAAAAAAAAAAAACACUAUUUGCAAACAUUUCUGAUUUGUUAUGUAUCAUUAGCCUCACAGUCAACAUUAUUCUCUGUCGGAGUUGUACAUAUUUGAGGUUUUCUGUCAUGACUAUUUAACAGUUUCAAAAUACACAUUCAUUUUAAUUAAUCUGUAAAGUGAAAUACUUACUGAUGUGAUUCUUGUAAAAGGAAAAAUCUAAAUCUUUACAGCACUGUAACAAUUAACACAAGGUAAUAAAAUGGAAUUGUCAUUUACGUUUUCUUUUUCUUCUUUUAAUUCACCACUCACUAUUAUUUUAUUUUACCCUCCACCCCCUUCCCUUUUAAUUGUCCCAAAGGUAUAUACAAAAACCUUUGUAAAUCUUUCAAAAAAAAAAAAAUAAUAAAUAAAAUAAAUAAAUAUAUAAAUAUAUAUAUAUAUAUAAUCCUUGUUCAGUGUAGCUUUAGUAGCUUUCAAUGUAUUAUUUUACUGUGGUUUUAUGUGGCUUUAUGACAUUUGUAACUUUUUGUCUGAAAACGUAAGCUUUCAUGAAACAAACUGUCACACAAGCAAGUUGUCAAAUAAAGAAACAACAUGCCAAAUCAAAGCAAAAGAUUUCUUGUCCUAGUACUUCAGAAAAAAAUUACAAAAAGAUUAAAAAAAAAUACUAAAACUGACA